AUGGAGGGUACCUACAAAAUUAAUUUGAUACCAAACGAUCUGAGCGUUGAAGAAACAAUUCUUCAGAUUGCCGAUGCUUUAGAUAAUCUUAACGGAAUAGUCGAUGACGUGUUUACACGAAUAUCUACAAAAAUUAAUAAGAAUAUGAACAAAACAAUGGAACUUCAAACCAGAAUUGUUACGUCUAAAACAAAAGUGGAUAAACUUGCUGGAAUGCAAAAGGCUAUAAAAGUGUUCUCUAGUGCUAAAUAUCCUGCAUCGAUUGUACAUGAACAUUAUCAAUCCAUUUUCGACAAAAACACAUACCAUUAUGAACCUAAAAGGGUAACGCUUAGCGGCAAAUCGAAGAGACCGUCUAAUGAAAAAGGCAUACAGGAAAAGCUUCAUUUCUUCCACGUAAAAGUGGCGGAACCAAAAAGCACCAGACAUAAACAGGAAAACCAAUUGAAAACGGUGAUUGAGAAUGUAUCUUCUGUGGAUGAAUUAUUGAUUUUCAACACAGAUGAAAGUCCAUACAUCGGUCUGCCCAGUAAACAAGAGGCCUAUGUUCCGAGAGCAGUCACUGAUGUGAAAAAGACUGUUUUGGAUGAAGCACCCCCAUCCAUCAUGAAAGGCAAUGUACUGGCGAGAGAAAUUGACGAGUAUAUGUACGCACCGGGUAUGGGAAUGGUACCAGAACUGGACAUGCCACUCGACCUACCUCAUCUACCAGGAGUGGCUGGCGAUGUCCAAUAUUCAUUCAGCGAUGAUGGUACCAUCGCGCCAUCCGCUGUGACAUCACCAGUAGCACCCACAGUGCCAUUACCAGAACUCCCCGAUGUCUCAGUAUUGCCGGAUGUUAAGCCAGAUGUCCCGGAAGUGGUGGAAGAUGUAGUGGGUAAAGUGCCAGAUGUACCUGAUGCACCACCGGCUCCUCCGAUGCCAGUUUCGAUUCCGCCUCCGCCGCCUCCUCCACCGAUGGACUUCGUUACACCUGUUAAAACUCGCAGGGAGGAGAUCCCAGCUCCACCUUCAGGAGGUGACGCCCAUGCUAACCUCAUGGCGGCUAUUCGCCAGGCAGGAGGUGCGGGCAGAGCCAAGCUGAAAGCUGCAGAUAACAUAUCGGAAAAGGGGGCAACCAGUAGUAUCCCGAAGCCAGGUGGGGACCUAAUGGCCGAUCUCCACGCCAAGUUAUCGAUGCGUCGCCGCGGGAUAUCUGGAGCCGAGAGAUCGUCUGGUGGCACAGUUCUUCAUACUCUUGCCAGUAUCAUCCCCGAACCAGAGGAACAGUCUGAUCCACAACAGUCUUCGAGUGAUGAGGAUUGGAAGUGACGGUGGUAAAAAUGUUUUUUUAAAUGUAAUAAGGACGAACGAAAUUAAUUUUAAUUCCAUCAUAGACUGUAGAAAAUCGGCCUAAUUGUGUUAUUCUUCUAAAGUAUCGUCUUAAAUUUUGUAACAGCGCCUUCGCUAAUUGUUUAUAUGAUGUAAAAUUAUGUCUGUGCUUGUACCACGAAUUUGUACUAAUCUUGCCCGAUUGACCUCACUAGGUAAUUGUCGCUUCUCGGAAUCGUUUAAUUUGUAUGUAAACCUGAAUUCACUCAAAUGUUUGAAAUUGUAAAUUUUAUUAUGACCCCCGUACUAAGAAAUUCGGUAUCGUAUAUCUUACGCAAGUUAGAGCCAUCAGAAGACCUGUUCUUGCGGUUUUGGUGUAUAAUCGUUCUUCUCGGAAUCGUCUAAUGUUACCGAAUUGAUUAACGAUGUUUGCUUUUAGGUGAUUAAAGCGAUAUAAAAAUUUCUUCGAAUUGAAUUAGAUUUAAUUUAUUUAACUGUGAGUUUCUAACUUGAACUUUCUAAUGAGCUUCCUUCGUUUCUAUCCUGAUAAUAAUUUAUAAGGGCAUAAGUGCGUUAAAAUCGGAUAUUUUUGGUUCUUGGAGGUUGUUAUGAUAAUAGCCGUUCUCACUAGCGAUGCGGGGUCUCGCUUUCGUUUCGUGGAAGGUGCAGCGCAACAUAAACAGCCUUCGACGCAAACUAUCAACUGGUUUGGGUGAUUAGCAUUUUCAGAAUUGAGAAUAAAAACUUGUAAUCUACUGUAGAUAAAGGAUGCAGGAAUUGUACAAAGCCCCGUUCCUAAUCAGCAGGAUUUGAUAACAUUCACUCGUUUCGAUUUGUAUAAAAACAUACGUUUUUUAUUCCUAUUACUAGAACUACAUUAUUACAAUUAAAAUAACUUACGAGUUUUAUAAACGUGGAAAAUUAUCAUCAAACUUCCAAAUACACAUUAAGUUCACGUUCUCCGUAUUUCAAAGUAUGUAAUUAAUUAUCUCUUAGAUGCUCGGCAUCUUAUACAUUCAAUUUAAAUAUUUAAUAAUUAUUUGGCAAUUAGUGUUAAAGGCUUAUUUUCGUUCUACAAAUAAAAUAUAUCAAAUUGGUUCAAUUGUUUAGGAGACACGUGACGAACCUCGCUAUUGCGCUGGAGUUGAAUUUGGUGAUUAAUAAUUCUUGUCUUGUUAGUUUUUAUGUCACAUAUGUCUUAGUUUUUAUAGUUUUAGAACCGUCAACAUGUGUUUAGGAUUUUGGGUCCCUAAAUUAAAAAAAUCGUGAGAACAUCGAUGAAGCGUAUUUAUUAUGCCUUUCUUCGAAUAAAUAAAAUUGCAUAUACAGUUAUUUUAACACGAUUACGUUCAAGUUGCGUAGCGUUUGAUGUAAUAAAGUUGGAAUUGAAAAAUCUCGAGAAUUGGGGCUUAUAUGUAGAUAAAUCGUUGAGUGUCGCUCAUUUGUAUGCUAGGUGCUAAAGCUACAGUUAGUUUCGACGAAUGAGCUUACGUGGAUUAACUUCACACGAUUAAAGAGAGCUUGUUGAAUCGUAGAUAACAGAGGUGCUGGGUAUAGAUUAUAGCUUCCACAGAUUGGUAUUAAAUGAGGCAUGUCAAUUUAUAAAGUUAAGCGUAUUUGCGUAAGAGGCGAUGUGAUUGAAAAGUUUUACGUAUCGAGAAAUCAAUUUGAAAAUCUUAUAAUUUUAUCUAUAUACGUUAAAAAAUUAUUAAAAAUAAUCUUGUAAUUGUUAGUACAUAAUCCUUUUAAUAAUGUUCAAAAUUAUUCAUUUGCUAUUGUUAUUAAAUUUUCAAAUUUUAAAAAUUAGCCAAUAGGGAAUUCGAAUACGGCUGUUGUUGAUUCACGUUCUGCGCAAAUUAAAUUAUAAUUAUACAAUCAUAAUUUUACAAUCUUCAGUUGUUUCGUUUCAAACGUGUCAUGUCAAAUUAUAUGUUUGAUAAUUUUUCUUGCGAUUCUACUGAGCUUUGCCUAAUUAAAUGUCGUUUAAUUCAUAUUAAAUCAAUCAAUUUCAAUGAUAAGGGCAAAUAACUGUUUUUACAUCACCGCAUUACUGUAAAUGAUUGUUUUGAAAUAUAUUUCGUAGAUAAAAAUUCAGUUUAAAAAUACAUGAAGAAAUACUGUAUAAAAAAGAAUCGAACUAUGUAAUUCCCAAGUUCUAACGGGAAUUACAGUCAAAGACGACAGAAAUAGACAUACCCGUACCAGGCAACAAGGAGAUUUGUCCCUUAAAUUAUAGAGACCUCUAGAAUCAUAUACAGCGAAAUGUAUUAAUGUAACAAGAUAUUUUGUUGUUGACCGCUCCAAAUACGACCGACAGUUUUCUUUAAAAUAUCUAUCUGUGACAAUUAAAAGUUAAUAUUCAUAACUUUUACAACUGAUAUAGUAAUAGGAUAAUCGAAUUAAUUGAGCGUUUCUCACGCUUAUAAAUGUUUGUCUAUGCCAUUAUAACAAGCUUAUUGUGAACGCCAAUUAUAUUGUUAUAGAUUAAUUAUCUUGCGCAGGCGAAUUUGCUAAAUAAGAAAUUAUAAACACAGAAUUGACAUGUUGACAGUUAGAAAAAUUGUCUUUGAAUAGAGACAGAGUUGUCUCCUUUUUAUAGUUCGUGUGCUUUAUCUGUAUUGUAGGUAUUUGUUAUAUGUAUGUACUGAUAACAAUUGAGACGAGGGCAUUACCGUAUGCCUGAUAAUCUGAAUUUAAAUAACGGCACAUUCUAUUUCUGGGAUUUUUGGGACUUAAGGGUAGCCUCUCACAUUGUACCUAAUUCGUCCAUAUGUUUUUUGAUUCCUAUAAAAAAUCUGAAUAGUAUAAGGCGCUUGCAAACUUACUACAUUAUAAAAGAUUUGUUACUGUACAUAGUAUACAGCAGUUGUAUGUUUUACUGUAUAAACUAUUAAUGUUAAGUAUAUAAGUAAUUUUAACAUUUAGCUACUUGCCUUAUUUUAGAUGUUAUUAUGUUAAGUUUUGACUGAAGUUUUUAAUCUAUGUGUUAGAUUUACACUGCAUUUUAAAGUCGUCAAUGAUUAGUCAUGUGUCGUGGUUUAGUGGUAACUAAGUCAAUGCCUGCAUGUGUCCCGUAGGUCUCCUAGUAUGACAAUUAUGUUAUAUAAAUAUAAACCCACAAUUUUUUUGCCUUUUUGAUUUUUUUUCCUCACGACGCUCGUACUUCAAAACAGAGUGGUGUUUACAUUGAAGUUUCAAUAUUUACAUAUAAUUGCAUAUGCCUUGUUGCGUUUAAAAUAUGGGCUGAACGUGGAUAAUUAUCAACACAUCUUAUCUUUAUUACUAUAAUUACGCAACAAAACGUCAUACUAGGACCUCUAUAAAUUGUAACAUGUUGUUCUGUGGACUGUCAAAAUCUGCAAAGACAACGAAGGUUUUAUUAGAAUUAAAAAUAAAACUUUUCUGCUUAGCCAUCACAUUACGCAAGAUUGGAAAUGAUUGAUAUCUUGGUACUGUACACAAAAUUAUAAUAGCUCAAUUUUUUAAAGAAGAGUACCUCCUAUAUGACAGAUUUUGAAUUAUUUUUAAAAUACCCGCCUUAAUAGAACAGCUGUGUAUCGAGUCCAUCUUAUUUUAGGUGUAAUUUUAUUGUAAAUAGCCAUUUUUAAUCAGUUUUAAUGAAGUAUAUUAUACGCAUACGAUGUUGUAUGGAUGGAUUUUAACUGUUUUAUGUAUGUACUGUAUGGCAAAUAAAAUAUUUAAAUUUA